AUGGCGUCCACCGACCUAACAUCGAAGAUAGCUCCGUUUCUGGAUCGCCAUUUGGUGUUCCCGCUGCUGGAGUUCCUUCAGGACCGUCAGAUCUACCCCGAGGAGGAGAUUUUGACGGCUAAGAUCGAGCUGCUGGGGCGCACGAACAUGGUGGACUACGCCAUGGACAUCCACAAGUCGCUGCACCACUCCGAGGAGGUUCCGCCCGCCAUGGUGGAGCGGCGCGGCGAGGUGGUCAGCCGCCUCAAGACGCUCGAGGAGGCGGCGGCGCCGCUUGUCGCGUUCCUGCAGAACCCUGCGACGGUGCAGGAGCUGCGCUCCGAUAAAGCGUACAACCUGCUCAUGCUUCAGGAGAAAUACCAGCUCCUUUUCUCGCCGUCCCCCCUCCCCCGGCGCCUCUCCCCUCCCUCCUUCCGAAGCUUCCGCGCGUCCGUCACUUGUCGCUCGCGCUCCUCCGCCCCCUCUUCCUUCCCCCUUCCUCUCCCCCCUGCGCAGAUCGGCGCGGAGGGCGUGGAGGCUCUCUGCUGGUAUGCCAAGUUCCAGUUCGAGUGCGGCAGCUACAGCGGCGCCGCCAUCGGCGCGGAGGGCGUGGAGGCGCUGUAUUGGUACGCCAAGUUCCAGUUCGAGUGCGGCAACUACAGCGGCGCCGCGGACUUCCUCUACCAGUACCGCCUUCUCUGCUCGUCCCCGCAGCGCGCGCUCUCCGCGUCGUGGGGCAAGCUGGCCGCGGAGCUGCUGAUGCAGAACUGGGACGCCGCGGGGGAGGAGCUCGCGCGGGUGAAGGAGAUGAUUGAUUCUCAGGUGCACGCGCGGGGGGAGAGAGGGAGGGACGGGGGAAGGGGGGUGGGUGGGAGGGCGGGUAGUCGAGUGGGGCAAGCUGGCGGCGGAGCUGCUGAUGCAGAACCGGCCCUCUUCCUGAUGCUGCACUAUGCACCAUCCGCCCCCCAUGAAGCAACCCCUCCCUCGUUUUUCCAUUCCGCCUUCCCCACACGCGUCCCCUGCACACGGCUGCUGCACUGGGCGCUCGUCCUCAUGCUGCGCAAGCACACCCUCAAUCCUCCCUUUGAACUUCCCCCGUCUCCCCCCACUUUCGCAUUUCAUGAAACCACAUUCACAGACCUUCGCGUCCCCGUUAGCGGUGCUGCAGGAGCGCACGUGGCUGCUGCACUGGGCGCUCUUCGCCAUGCUGCACUCGGAGAACGGCCGCUCCAACCUCGUCGACCUCUUUCUCCAGGACAAUUUCCCUUCGCUCCCUUCCGCCCUUUCACGCCCAUGCACCCACUCACCUCCCUCUCGCCCGCUCGCCUCUCUCUCGGCACCCAUCCAAAAAAAUGCCUGCUUCCCCCAUUACCUCCCUCUCCCAGCCCUUCCAAAAAAGUGCCUUCUUCCCCCCCCAUAAGAUACCUAAGCGCCAUCCAGACGAACGCGCAGCACCUGCUGCUCUAUCUGGUGGCGGCCGUGCUCACAUGCACGCACUGCCACAGCGCAGUGAAGGAGGUGACUUUUGAGUCGACUCAAAAAUGUGCUCACAUGCACGCACUGCGUGUAAGUAGACGACUUUUGAGACGGCCGUGCUCAAAAGUCGGCUACCUGGUGGCGGCCGUGCUCACAUGCACGCACCGGCACAGCGCAGUGAAGGAGGUGGCGCGAGUGGUGGAGGAUGUGGGGGCGAAUGCGCAGCACCUGCUGCGCUACCUCGUUGCAGCUGUGCUCACAUGCAAGCCCCGUCCCCUUUUCCCCUAUGCACCUCGCCCCCCUACCCCCUGCUCCCCCUCUCGCCAGGUAUCUGAGCGCCAUUCAGACGAACGCGCAGCACCUGCUGCGCUACCUCGUUGCAGCCGUGCUCACAUGCAAGCCCCGUCCCCCCUUCCCCCCCACCCUCCCCCCCUUCCUUCCCCCAACAGGUACCUGAGUGCCAUUCAGACGAACGCGCAGCACCUGCUGCGCUAUCUGGUGGCGGCCGUGCUCACAUGCAAGCGCAGGCGCAGCGCAGUGAAGGAGGUGGCGCGGGUGGUGGAGGCGGAGAGGCAUGCCUACAGCGACCCGCUCACGCAAUUCCUGCUGGCGCUGGUUGUGGACCUUGAUUUCGAUGAGGCUCAGAGCCGGCUGAAGGAGUGUGAAGAGCUACUGUCGAAUGUUUUCUUUCUGGGCAAGCGCAUGGCGGAGGGAGGGCGGGUACGUGGCCCUCAGCUACUGUCGAAUGAUUUCUUUCUGGGCAAGCGCGUGGCGGGAAGGCGGGUAUGUGGCGGUGCCGCUGAGGGACGAGGCCCUCUGAGGGACGAGGUGAUUGACAGUGCGCGCCUGCUCAUGUUUGAGAACUACUGCAGCAUCCACCGCCGCAUCGAUAUCAAGGUGGUGGCAGAGAAGAAGAGCAUGGCAACGGAUGCAGCUGAGCUGUGGAUGUUCACCCUCUGCAUCUCCCUCUGCACCGCACUGCACCCCCCUCCACCUUUGUGUCUUCCUCCCCGUUCAGGGUGGGUGGCGGAGAAGCUGAGCAUGGCAACGGACGCAGCGGAGAGGUGGAUGGCGAAUCUGAUCCGCACUGCCAAGCUGGAUGCUACCAUCGAUUCGGAGGCCGGCACGCUCGUCAUGGCCACUGCUCAACCCAACGUGUACGUCGCUGGGCAUGGGUACGAGAACCUAAUAGAGCGAUCGAGAGGCCUCACCUCUCGCACCUAUGCCCUCGCCUCCAACGUCGCAGCUAUCGCCCUGCAGCAGUAG